CAUGAGCCUCCUCGUCCGCAUCGCCUUUUUGCCUCCUGGCGUUUCUCCAGGCGCCGGUGGCAGGUUGAGUAGCAGUGUUGGACUGCUCAAUAUUGAUCCUUGGCUUCAUUGGCCAUCAGACGUUCCUAAGAACAACAUGUUGUAGCUAUGGAUGCCUGCUCGUAGCCCUGUUUAUGCGGUACCGCCAUGUGGUUGUCUCACUUUUUCUUGGGAGCGGCAGGGAGGCAAACGAAAAUUUGGUUCAAGGGCAUGACCCUGUGCACAUGUACUGUAGUGUGAUGGCACUGGCAGUAUGCAGGGUUGCCGCAGGCCGCAGAAGACUAGCAGUGGUCAAACUCUACACGUACGAGUUAAGCAACCGGUUUGAUGAGCGAGACAUUGUUGGCGGCUGGAGAGCUGCAUGUCUGUGUAAUGGUGGUUAGUCUGCCCAGUUAGACAAGGCGGACUCCAGACUCCGCAUCGGCUCAUCCGCCAUCGGUGUCU